UAUCCAAACAAAAUGUGAUCAUUUUUAAAAAAGGGAAGAGAAAAGGUUGAGAAGGAAAUAUUGCUUGCUGAGAAAUGUCAGGAAUAGUUACAUGUAAACAAAAGUCUGUCAUUGCGCAGGGUCUAGAAAAUUGUCGACACAUUUCCCAUGUCACUUCAGACCUGUUCUGGAUCAGUGAUAGAGAAAAUCUUAUUUUGAUGAACACUGCAGGUGAUGAUCUUUUUCAUCUGGCAGAUGCAGUCAACGGACAUCAAGUACACAGCCUGAACAGUGAUGGAGAUUUAAUCUAUAUAGACGAUAAGAAUAAUAUUAACAAAUAUUCUAUGAAGAAUAUAUCAAAGGGUUUAUUAGUAAAAUGUACAAAACCAUGGAAUCCACGGUGUGUCUUUAGCUCCCACUAUAAUGGAGACCUUCUUGUUGGGAUGUUUGAGUCUGAUUCGGGUACAGCCAAGGUAAACAGGUUUAACCUAAAGGGAGAAAUUAUUCAUAACAUUGAAUUUGACAACAACGGCAAAAAAUUGUACAGUUACAUUAGAUUUAUCACAGAAAACCACAAUGGAGAUGUUAUUGUGUCAGACUUUUACAUGUCCGCCGUAGUGGUGACAGAUCGUAAUGGAAGACAUCGUUUCUCCUAUAAAGGAUAUCCACCAGGAACAGGAUCGUUUCGACCAGGUGGAAUCUGUACUGACUCGCUGUCUCGCAUCCUUGUGUGUGAUCCAGUGAACCACACUGUACAUGAUAUUGACAAAGAUGGGAACUUUCUCUCGAUGAUACUGACACUACAGCAAGGGAUAUACAAACCACUAGGUCUGAGUUUGGAUGAGGAAAAAAGUCUUAUCAGGGUUGGUUCAGAGGACAACAACACAGUGGACAUAUUCAAAUGGUUUUGCAAGGAAUUUAAGUUGGAGAGAUGUAAGAAUCAUACAACAAAAGAAGCAGAAACGUUUUGUGUGGAUUGUGAAGUUGCAAUGUGUGAGAAUUGCACCAGGCGGGAAGAACACAGCGGGCAUUGUAUUAAAGACAUUCACAAGAUUCAAGUGUAUCCUCUACUAAAGAUAAAGUGUAAGAAGCAUCCAACAAACAAACCUACGAAGUUUUGUGUAGACUGUGACGUUCCAGUGUGUUUGGAUUGCAUAAUCUCUAAAGAGCACAUUUUUCACUUCGUGAAAGGAUUCCCACUGCGGAAUGCAAAAUGUGAAUAUCAUAAACCAUUAAUAAUAACGAAAUUUUGCAUCGACUGUGACGAACCCUUGUGCGACGAAUGCAGCAACUCUAAUAGGCAUACCUUUCAUUCCAUGAUAGAUGUGUUACAGAAAACAGGAGGUGUCUUUAGAAAGGGGCCUGGAAACGAUUCCUCCAAUGAGCACGUUGAUAGAAAUAUUAUUCAAAUGAUGAGAGCUGACGAAGAACAGUAUUUUAGACUUAAUUCAUUUGCGAAUAUAAUGCACAAAUUUACAAAAGGGACAGACGAACAGGAAUCUAUAAGUACAGAAACUAGAGGGGCUGCUUUGGGAGUGGAAUCUAGAAGCCGUUCUUAUUUUCCUUUCGCACGACGUCAACCGACACAAACUUCAAGAGAGAAUUCAACAAUGACGAAGAGCAGCAGAGAUGAUCAUGAAGAGGAUCGCAGACGCUAUAUAUUCGAUACACUUGCAUUAAAAUUUAACGAAAUGAGAAAAGACGCAAAAGGUGCUUUUGGAGGUAAGUAUGAAAGAGAUUUCCCUGAUGAUUCUAUCGAAUAUCAACAAGACCAAAGAGAGAGAAAAUUUUCCAGAGAGAAUGAAGGAAUAACAAGGUUAUAUACAAGAGAUAAUGCUAACGAGGACCGUGGACUUUCUUUUUUACAAAACUUAAUAUCAAAACCGCGAGAGAUGAAUGACAAAGACAGAUUUUUAAAACCGGAAAGUAGAGAUGAAAUACAAGACAUAGAAGACGAACAGGGGUCAAUUAAGACAGAGAGAAAAGAAGAGGCCAAAGCUAUUGAUCCUGAAAUCCAAACUGAGAAUCUUUUGCAACACAUGAAGACUAAAAUGACAAGAGUGCGACAUGCACGAGGGAUCGUUGUUGGAUGUACAGGAGCAGGCAAAACAACGCUUUUAUACAGACUUAUGGGAAGAAGUCUUAAAGAAAUCAAAGAAAUUGAAUCCACUUUAGGUCUUCAAGUGUACGAGCACAUAUUCACUGUGCAAGACAAGUCUUUUCAAGCCACAGAUCACCAUUCUCACAAACCUUUGAUUAGAAUCCCAAUAUCUUCAUUGAAAAAAAACGAAAAUGAUCUUUCUGAUAAAAAAACGAUGAUGGACAAGGAUAAUUUUCCUAAAAAAGAGGAUGUUGAUGAUUUUCCUACCGAAAUGGUUGGAUCAAAUCUUGAGGUUGAAGAUUAUAUUGCCAAACUCCCUGUCUCCGGUGAUGAGUCCAAUUUUCAAAAAUGUACAAAAAUCGAAAUCAGUGAAGAAUUAGGAGAUGUGGAAAAAUGUUUGAACCUUCCUACUACCAAUAAAUGCAAGGUAAAUGAAACAACUAUUACAAAUAUAGUCAGCAAUACCGAACAAAAAACAUUGAAAACUCAAGUAGAAGAUAUAGUUUCCAAAACACUGUCACCAGAAGUAAUCAGAAAGAUAUUGGAUGCACAGGAGAACGAAAUAAGUAUAAGCAUGAUUGAUUUUGCCGGACAGUUCGUAUAUUAUGCUAGCCACCAGAUCUACAUGAGAUCAAAAGCUUUCUACAUUCUGGUUAUGGACAUGACAAAGGACUUUGAAGAAGUUGUCAGCCGUAAAGAAGGAGAGCAAACUGGAUCUGUCUUUUCUACUUGGAAAUACAAAGAUUAUGUAGAAUUCUGGCUGAAUUCUAUUUGUUCCUUUGGCGGUCCUAAAGUACCAGUACUCGUUGUAGCCACGCACGCAGAAGGCAAAACAGAAGAUGACAUAGAAGAGUUUUUUCAGUGUUUGUGGAGAUCCCUACCAAAAACAAUUAAGUCAUGGCUUUCCAGUGACACUGAAUUCGCUUUUGGUCUCCUAUAUGCCAGUGAAGAAGAAACCGCAGAGAGAUUACAGAUAUUAAAGAACUCGAUUGUGGAUCUAGUAUCACAUACCGGUAAACUGAACACAAAAUUCGAAGUUCCAUCAUCCUGGGCCUUACUCGAACAUCUUUUACAAAAUUCGGAAAAGCCGAUCAUAUCCUGUCAUGAAAUUAAAGACUUGAAUGAACAACUUCCUGAGGAAUAUCGCCUAGAAUGCAACAAAGAGAUACCUGAGUUUCUCUCAUUCUUUCAUGACCAUGGCUUAUUAUUGUAUUUUGAAGGAGAAGCGACUUGCACACAUGCCAUUCUUGACAUACAGUGGUUUUCUGAUGCAUUUGCUAAGUUAGUCGCAGACAAAAAGCACAUCAAUAAAGUGUGCAGGCGAGAACUUAUUGAAGAAUGGGGACAUUUCAAUCAGACAGGAGAACUAAGCAACACGUUAGUUGACGCUCUUUGGAAAGGCGAAAAUACACAAUCGUACCAAAAAUACAAAAAAGAGCUAAUGGCUUACAUGGAGAGUCUCCAAAUGCUGGUCAGUAUUGGUGAAACGGAUAAAGCCCAAUCCUGGUAUGUGCCAUGCAUGAACAAAACGCAAAUUAAAACAGAGAUCAUCAAACCAAAUCUAGCGUGCUCUUCAAUCCUGUGCUUUCGAUUCACUUCCUUUGCCAUGUUUGUGUUUUACAGACUCGUAGCCUAUUGCAUGAUUUACCCUAAGUGGCAUGUUGUUCCGGACAAGAAAGGCAAAUGUCUGUUUCAAACAGUUGCAAUGUUUGAAUACAAGAACCACACUGUUUUACUCGGUAUAUGUGAAAAAGACAUUCAGUUGCAGAUUAUGACAAACUCUUCAGAAAUAGAUACGAAUGUCUCCUAUGAAAUAGGUAUUACAAUACACAAAGCCAUUGAAGAACUCACGAAAACAUUCUUUGAAGACACACAUCCGAGUUUCCAAAAAGGAUACAAAUGCCAAAAAAUAUUUUGUGACCAAAAUGAUAAAUCUUUCACACCAGAGGAGGAACUUUGUAAAUUAGAAAAUGAAGAAAUCCAAUGUUCAUGCUGUCCAAUGGAAGAAAAACACACAAUUAACAUUCCCAAAACUCGGAGCUUUUGGGAAAAGGCAAAAGAAGGGUCGCCAAGAAAAAGUUGUACCUAUCCCUUCUCCAAACGAGCUUCUCAGAAGGACGCACUGACAAGUCAUUUAAAGGCCGAAGUCAUCAGAAGUGUAGGACUCAUUUAUGUUGAUGGACAUCCGGUAGGAACAGGGUUCCGUGUGGGAGAAAAGUACAUCAUGACCUGUCUUCAUGUCAUCAAAAAGAUUAUUCAAGGUCCCUUGGACUUUAUCCGAUUUGAGAGGGUUUACAUACAGUUCGAGAGGAUGAUUUACCUUCAGAACACUGAUGAGAGAAAAAUAUUCCAUUUUGAGCCGAGCAUUGUAUACAAGCAUGAAGGAUUUGAUGUUGCUUUGUUAGAAUUAAAAAAACAGGAAAUCCAGUUCCCCCCACCUUUAACUUUAUUUGGUGCAAAUUGCCUUUCAUCUGAAGAAGUUCACCUUAUCGGCCAUCCAGGUGGCGCUCAGAUGAAAGAGGACAGUGAAGUAUAUCCAAGUGUUAUUGAGCCAAACAAUGAUGUUGAUAAGUAUAUCAAGGAGCUUAGUGAUUGGAGCAGGGAAAAGUUUAUGAACAAUGUAGAUUACUACUCAAGAUUGCGUGAAUUGCCAAGAAAAAUUCUUUUUCACACAACGUUUGACCAAGGAUCAUCAGGGUCCCCUGGCAUUUUGAUUAGGAAUCACAAACCCUGUGUUGUACUAAUUGUGGCUGGCGGGGUUCCCUCUGUUUAUUAUGAAGAUGGGGUAUAUGUGGAACCGGAGAAGCGGGUUGAGUUUGGAUAUGCCUUGAGAGAUGUAUUUGAUGAAAUGCAAAUGGAUGGAAAUGACAAAAAAUUAUCAUCAGAAAUUUUCAAAGAAUGGAUCUCUUAGAAUGUACACAUAGGUGUGAUUAAAGUUAAGAUAUAAUAAUCAUCAAAUGUGCCAUUUUUGCAAUUAUGUGUAACAAUAUUUCCUUAUUGAAAAAAGUUGAUUUUCUCUUUUUCCGAAAAGAAUCUAAAGCAUCCAACGUUUCAACAAAACUUGGACUCUAUUUUACUUCAAUCGCGGGAAAGUUUCAAUGAAUAUUACCUUAAGAUUGUUUUAUA